AUGACAACAAAUGCGUCUAGCAACUGCAAUUCCACAAGCUUUGAGCUCCACCACCACAUUCGUCUCCUUGAAUUUACUCUUCUCAUCCUUAUUUUCUUUUUCGGAGCAAUAUUUAACGCCCUCGCCCUGUGGGUUUUCUUCUACAAGCUGAAGAAGUGGACAGAAACCAGGGUGUACGUAGUCAAUUUAGUCGUUGCAGAUUGCUCUGUGAUCUGCACCUUGCCAUUCACAGCCUAUUUACUCUGGAAUAAGUCAGUUCGAAACAAACUCUGCCAGUUUAUAGAGGCGAUGUACAUUAUCAACAUGGUAGUGAGCAUCUACAUAGCUCUGUUCAUCUCUCUCGAUCGAUACCUUGCUAUAAAGCACCCCUUGAAAGCCAAGGCCUUUAGGUCUCCGCUGAAGGCUGCGCUUCUCUGUGGACUUCUUUGGGUCUUCGUGAUAAUCAGCACAACCUUACAACUUCAGCAGAGACAGGCCGCUUUCUGCUUUCAGAAGGAUACGGCAACACCAGCUGUUCUGACCCUGCUUUCACUUUUCUUUGUUUUUACUCUCCCAUUAGCAACCUUGAGCUUCUGUUCCGUAGAAGUCAUCAGGACCUUGAAGAGAAGGCUGAGCAGAAAUUCACUGGAAGAAAAGUUAAUCCACAAAGCUAUUUACAUUAUUUAUACGAAUAUGACUGUGUUUAUAAUAUGUUUUCUCCCAGCCUACCUUGCCCUACUUACCAGGUUCAUAAUGGAAAGCAUUGGAGUUACCUGUUCCACGAUCCAGGUUAUGAGGAACUUGUCUUCUGUGACACGGUGCAUCGCUACAUCCAACUGCUGCCUGGAUAGCGUUUGCUAUUAUUUUGUGACCAAGGAAUUCCAUGUGACCAAGGAAUUCCAAGAGACUCUUUCUCCGUCCAAACACUGCAUUACCAAAACAAAUCAAAGCCACGCUCAGCUGCGUCUGCCACUGCUCACGCCGCUGAUCACGGAAGGUCUGGAAAUGCUGAGGGAGGACGGGGCUCAAAAAGAGUACAACGAGGGUGGGCAGGAAGGUGACUGCGCCACAGCCCUCAGGAGGCGGCCCGUGCUCGCUGUGGCCGUGCCAGCCCGGAGGAACGUCCCCAGCCGUGCUCCACGGCAGCUCGCGGCCACGGAUACUCCUGUCCUCGCCAGCUGUCUGGAGGGAACCGCGCUGCGUGUCCUGAGCGCCCGCUCUCCUACCGCCGGCCUUCAAAACACGGAAACACGGAGCCCGCGCCAGGCCAGGCGCUCUUACGCGCCGGCUCAGGCGCUCUGCGUUUUGGGGAAGGAUUCUCCUGAUGAAUCCCCGGUGCCCUUACAGGCAGAAGGGAAGCGGGCUACGCGCUUGCGGGUGGCUAACGACAACGGGAAUUACUCGGGGCUAUCGCCUCCGCUCUGUCCUUUGCUGUGCCUCAGCCAAACGGCUUUUAGCGAAUCGGACCCCUGA